AACGGAGAGAGUCCAUUCUGAUUGCUCAUGUGAGAAUCCCUCAUCAUGAUUUCUCCCGUGUUAGUCUUGUUGGUGAGCUUUCUUUGCCAUUGUGUGAUUGCAGGACGGACUUGUCCUAGGCCACAGGAGCUGCCAUAUUCCACGGUUGUUCCACUAAAACUGAGCUAUGAACCAGGGGAACAAAUUGUGUAUUCUUGCAAGCCUGGUUAUGUGUCACGAGGGGGAAUGAGAAGAUUUACAUGCCCUCUCACUGGAAUGUGGCCCAUCAACACCCUGAAAUGUCAAGCCAGAGUAUGUCCUUUUGCUGGAAUUUUAGCAAAUGGAGUCGUGCGCUAUACGACCUUUGAAUACCCAAAUUCUGUGAACUUUACUUGCAAUAAAGGAUUUUAUCUGAAUGGAAGUGCUUCUGUUAAGUGCACAGAAGAAGGAAACUGGAGUCCGUCUGUACCCAGCUGCUCUCCUGUAACUUGUCCUCCACCAUCCAUACCCAAUUUUGCAACACUAAAACUGCGUAAGUUAUCAGUUGAAAACAGUUCCUUCUAUCAAGACACAGCAACCUUUGAGUGCUUGCCACGUUAUGCAAUGUUUGGGAAUGACACAAUUAGAUGCACAGAACAUGGGAAUUGGACUGAACUACCAGAAUGCAGGGAAGUAAAAUGUCCUUUUCCAACAAGACCAGACAAUGGAUUUGUAAACUAUCCCGCAAAUCAUGCACUUUAUUAUAAAGACAAAGCCACUUAUGGCUGCCAUGAGACAUAUGUCCUAGACGGACCAGAAGAAGUAGAAUGUGGAAAAUUUGGAACCUGGUCUGCCUCACCAACAUGCAAAGCAUCUUGUAAAAUUUCUGUUAAAAAGGCUGUUGUGCUAUACAAAGGAGAGAAGGUGAAUAUCCAAGACAAAUUUAAGAAUGGAAUGCUACAUGGUGAAACCAUUAGUUUCUUCUGCAAAGAUAAAGAAAGGAAAUGCAGUUACACUGAGGAUGCUCAAUGCUUAAAUGGGAAUAUUGAAAUUCCCAAGUGCUUCAAAGAACACAGCUCUUGGGCUUUCUGGAAAACAGAUGCAUCUGACAGACAACCAUGUGAAGGUGUUUAAAAAUUCAAAAUUCAGUAUGAAAUAUUUGUAUCUCUUAAAAUCAAAGAUGGAGUAAAACUGAGUUCUCUAUUGCAUUCUUUCAGCUCUUCCAAGACUUUUCCUUUCCAUAGCUUACUCAAUUUCCUUCUCAUAGCUAAGUGACUCAAAUGUCUAGAAAACCAUCAUUUUCACAGUGGUAAAGUAGAUAGUGGAAACAUUUGUCAGUUCACUUCAAUUCCUCAGCACCAUUCCAUUACUUCACAAAGAGUUGCCCUCAAAACCACAGAUAAAUGAAGUGUAAGUGUCUUGGAGCUUGAACUUUCUAGGCAAUUUCCUUACCUCUCCAUUUUGGUGUGUGAGCUAGUAAUAUCUCUAUGAAUCUAUUAAGUGGUAAAUAGAGUAGAUAGGCCUUGAUUAUAUCCAAAUUGAAUUAAUUAUUCUUUUCUUUUGUGGAGCUUAUAUUUCAACUACUGUGAGGUAAUUCUCAUUAAGCUAUAUUGACCUACAGCCAACAGACCAAGUUAGUUUGGGCUAAACGAUGCUUGAGAAAUUGUUCGACUUACUUUUAAUAGAAUUAAAUUGGAUUCUUUGUUCUAUUCCUCUACUCUGUGGCCUUCACUGAAGUAGAAUGGGACUACACAAAUUCAAGGGCCGUUUUGUAGUAGCCAGGUUAGAGAUGGCUGGGCCCUAAGUGCAGGGUGGUUACCUGAACAAAACAUGCUGUCCCUAUUGAUGGCUUAUUUUAGGUUAUGUUCCUCUUCAGGUUCAAGAGCAAUUAGGCACAUGGCUAGGCUCAGAGACGAGUAAAAUUGAAAACAUUUUCUCUCUGACUCACCAUCACUUCAGUCUAACCUGAGGAAAAUAUCUUUUUCUCUUUGGGUUAGCUUCUGCUCUCUCAAUCUCAGACAGCACACAUAUUUUCUUGGACUAAAAUCAUUGUUAAUGCCCGUAUUCUUUAAUAGUUGCUGUGAUAACACAGAAAUACAAAUAAGCAUUUAAAUAAACAGGCUUUCAUUUA